AUGGAUGACAAUGGCGCGCAAUUUUGGAAGGGCGAAUUUCAACUAGCUGUCAAAUGCAGAGAUAGCGUGUUUUGGCACCAAUUGAUACCUAGCUUCCCCAAAAUCCGUUAUGAUAGGGAGUGUUUCGGUUCCGGGAACGCGCCGACUCAUAUAGAUGGUGUGGUCUUCCAGAACCUUUCUUGGUGCUGGCUCUUCCAGCUCAGUUUCUUCAAAAAUUUUGAAAACACCGAUAUUUUCAAUCUGAAGAAAGCCCGGAACGCCGGAGAUCGAGAAUCUGUGAUAAACUUAAUCCCAGAGGCCCUUGGACGAGGCAUGUAUGAGUGGUACCGCGGGGAGCAGUGA